AUGACUGGUAUGCAAGACUACAACUACCUGGAGUCGAAUUGUUUUGAGAUAACACUUGAACUGGGCUGCAACAAAUACCCACCCGCGGAGGAAUUGCCAAAGUACUGGGGGGAAAACAGGAAGGCCCUCCUUAACUUUGUAAUUCAGGCCCAUUCAGGCAUCAAGGGAAUGGUGUUUGGUUAUCGUGAUGACCAAGUCCUUCCGCUCUCUGAUGCUCUUAUUAUGGUGAUGAAUAUCACAGAUCGCAAGAAACCAAAAAUUAUUGACCAUCCAAUUACGUCAACCUCUACAGGAGAUUACUUCCGACUACUGACCAGUGGGCGUUACUUCAUUGUGGCCAUGCACGAGGAUUUUAUGCCAGCCUUUGCCGUCGCAGACGUUCCAUCAGCCCCAGAUCUCGACCGUGGAGACCUCCAUGAAGCCAAGAGGAUCAAGUUCCUCCUCUCCGAUAACUCCCCACGACCUUACAAUCAAAGGGAUAAUCUUUCCCUUCCUUAUGAGAGCAGCGAAAAUCUUCACACUACUUUCUCUCUCAGCAAAGAGGAGGAAGCCUGGUUGCCAGUUUUCGUUCGUCUCUUCCGCAAUACUGAGGUCUAUAUGUCACUCCAGCGUGAGAUGAUGCAGAAUUUUGACCUUGGUGAUCCAUUUGAUGACUUCGGUUACUUACUUGAGGAUAUUUUUUGA